GGUUCCUUUUCCUGCGGCACUCCCGUGCCCAGUGGCCUUCGAUGCCACAGUUGUUGCACUUGCCUUGGCGCUUGGGUUUUCGUGGAUUGACCAUGGUGGUGUUCAGUGCCCGGUCGUCGUGGCUACCCCGACGAGGAGGGCGACAACUUGAUGCGCAAUGUGGCGCAGUUGCCACGGCAUCAGGAAGAGCAGACGGUCGAUGGCGCUUGCUGUAUCGAUCCCGGUGCUGCACUCUCUCAACUUCCGCAAGACGACCUCGUACCGUUCAAGGAACUCAG